AUGGUGGGGUAUGAUCUGGAGCACGAGGACAGUAAAAUAUUAAUAUAUAAUCAACCAGCACCACCAAAUGAAGAGACAGCCGAUUUGGGCAAAAAAGAUAACAUAAACAUAAUCUUCAUUGGCCACGUGGACGCGGGAAAAUCGACAAUUGGCGGGAACCUAAUGCUCCUAACAGGAAUGAUAAGCAAGAGAACAUUGGAGAAGUACGAGGCAGAAGCGCGGGAACUAAACCGUGAGUCGUGGUACUCCCAACUGUAAUGUGUGAGGUACCUCUCCUAUGCUCUCGACACCAACCCGGAAGAGCGGGAAAAAGGCAAGACAGUGGAAGUGGGGUGUGCCUACUUCAAAACCCCCAAGAAGCACGUGACUAUAUUGGACGCUCCAGGCCACAAGGCAUAUGUCCCCAACAUGAUCAACGGGGUGGUCCAGGCAGACGUGGCAGUACUCGUCAUCUCGGCCAGGGCGGGGGAGUUCGAGGCAGGCUUUGACAAGGGCGGGCAGACGCGGGAACAUGCCAUCAUUGCCCGCGCUUCUGGCAUUAAAUAUCUUAUUGUCCUUAUUAAUAAAAUGGAUGACCCCUCUGUCACCUGGGCUGAACAAAGGUAAUUUCACACUUUUCCCGCCAAAGGUUUAAAUUCUGUGGCGCGAAAUUGGCGCCCUUUUUGAAACAGUUGGGAUUCUCCAAGUCUGAGUGCUUUAUUAUGCCUUGCUCGGGGUUUGACGGGUCUUUCCUUAAGGAAAUGCCUCCUGUGGCUGUGUGUCCCUGGUUUAGGUCUGAUUGCUCGAGUAAUGCAAAGAAAGUGGACUUUUCUGGGUCUGUUGGACAGUCUGGAGCCAAUUGAUCGAAGGCCUGACCACCCAGUCAGGUUUUUGGUGGCCGACAAGGCAAUAAUAAUCGGGACAAUGGUUUUUGGCAAACUGGAGUGUGGGACUGUCACCACAGGACAAAAACUAAUGAUUCUUCCCGCCAAAGUGACUGUCACGGUCUCCCAAGUGAUGGUGGACGAGAUUGAGGUCGAGCAGUCGAGUCCAG